AUGUGUGAUCUUUUGAAUGGUUAUUUUGAUGUUUAUAUGUUUAUAAAUGAUAGUGAACGCGUAGACACAGGACGUCAUAAGAGGAUCACGCAUUUCGGUGGCGUGGUGGUGUACAGCGCACGCUUGCCAUUCGAGUGGCAAAUUACCGUGACUCGGUCUGUCGCCGUUGUGCUACCGCUCCUGGCCGCAGCUCGUGAGCCCUUGUUGGCCGCGCGUUUCGGCGCGCCUUGUAUCGGCUGCUCAGAGGCCGUGGCGAGAACAUCGAGCGGGUCACCGCGUCGAGCCGGAGCGCACAAUCGCGUGCUCGGCCAGCGUGCGCUCAUAAGCCGCUAG